AUCCAUCUUUCAGUCAUCAGCUCACACAGUUAAUGGAUAAAAUUACGGACGAUAAGUUAGAUCUUUUACAGCAGCAAAUCAGUCCAAUCAAAAUGUCUUGAUUUUAAACCAACAAACUUACAGAAACCUGCAGUCUAGUUGCGUUUGUGAAAUUGAUCUGUUUUCAAGUGCAAAUUGAAGAAAGUAGUGUCCGUAGUGCUGAAGCGAAUCAGAAGAAUCAGCGUAUGAUUUGUGCAGAAUCUGCAAAUGAGUGCGUGCGCCUCUCUGCUGGAGAAGAUGAAAAAAUACUGGGCUGGCUAAAAUCAUCUUGCUGGAGUGAAGCAGGCGAUAACGUUGUAAUAGUAGUAAAAAUGUGUCAUCGAUUGUUUCUCAAAAAUUGCUUGGUUAUUGCAUGAAAAUUGUGAUAUACACAGCUUCCGAAUUUUCCUCUCGUAACAACCCCAUAAGAUAAGCAAAUUAAAAUUAAAGCCUAAUAUUUAAUUCAUAACGUCCCGGAGCAGGGCAUGCAGAUAAUAAUUCGUGUUGCGAAACCAUUUCAGGUUUAAUGGUCGAUAAGCUGGUGAAAUUAUCAUCGCCAGUCUCAAGAAGAAACGAAUAGCAGUGCAUAAGUGUGUAUACUCUCCAGCAUUCAGUGUCGAGAGCGGCUUCGAAUGAUAAGGGCGAUCACCCGCGGAUGCUGUUGACGAUGUGCCAGUAAGAUUGGCUCUUCAAGUGUGACGAAUUUUAGUGGUGUCGGAAAAAAAUGUGUUGUCCGGUUACUAUUCACCUUCUUGCAUGCUGCUGGGUGAUUUGAUCAAAGCAAUUGCUAAUCAAGCUGUGGAAUUGAGGCCGGUUGGAUGCGGAUACCUGGGCUGAAAACAGUUGCAAGUUACGAUAAAUUUGCCAGGACUUUAAAAUUGCCUCCAACGUUGAGAUAAGUUCCAGGAGCCACAAUCAACCUGCACAGAAUCCUAUCCGAGAGAUAACCAGAACAAAAGUUAUCGCCAUAAUAUUUUACGGUGCGAAUAGUAACAUUGGCCAGAUACAAGCAUAAUAUUGUCACGGCAAAAAGCUUGCUGUUGGAGUGAAUCGGGAAUACUGCCGUACAUGUCGAAACAAUUUCACCAGUUAAGCUAAAAACAAACCUCCAGUAACCCGUCGAGCGUGUUAUUAACAGAAAACAAAACCGGCGCAAAGCAAUAAAUCCACCACGUCUAUCUAGGCCAUAUGGAUCUAGUGCCAAAAUUUUACCAUUUAAGAUUGAAACACAGUUGCAGCGACAGAUAAAAGAGAAAAUAAAAAAAAUCGGGAGUGAGCAAGGAAUUUUAGAGUUUAAUAAGCCGGCAAAGUACUAGUCAUUCAUUUUACAAAUUGUAGAAAAUUGUUUAGAAACAAAACAAGAUUUAUAUAAUACAACGAUAUUACUCAUUGCUUGUCACAGGAGAGAUUUUUAUCAGAUUCGUCAUUGAUACGGAAGACCGGAGAGAUAAGAGGCGGCAGUCGUUUUUAGAAAUCAAAGAUAAGCUAUUCGCAGGAAACAGUGAUAGUAACGGAAAAGCGCGACAAGAUAUCGCCAUUCCAUAAGAUUAUCUGCAAAGCAUGUCGCAGUCUCGUUCAGUUUGAUACCUGUUGUGUGUGCUUGUAAAGUAAGCGGCUGAGAAAUGGGUAACAAAAACUCCUGCUGCUCGUAUUCGAGUCCUCCGCCAACGCGCAAGGCUAAGGAGACUCCGGUGUUCGAAGAGCAUCUACCGGAAGGCGAACUAUCGACCAACAAUCUUCAGCACAUUUCCGAGCGCGAAGGUGAUGACGGGGAGCAUGACCCUUCGGUGGACCCCUCGGCGGGUACGAUGUUCCUGGAACGGUCAAAACAAAGCCUGGAAAAUGGAAUGACUCGGAAAAGAUCCCAGCAUCAGAUUGCUCCUCAAGGCGGAAACGUGCUCAAGAAAAGCAGUUCUUGCUCGACAAUCUAUCUGGAUGAUUCUACAGUCUCGCAGCCGAACUUGAAGAACACUGUCAAGUGUGUGUCACUCGCCAUCUACUAUCACAUAAAGACCCGCAACAGCGAGCGAAGGAUAGACAUAUUCGAUGAGAAGUUGCAUCCGCUGACCAGGGAUCCAGUAUCAGAUGACUACGAUAAACAUAAUCCGGAGCAUCGACAGAUCUAUAAAUUCGUUCGGACCCUAUUUAACGCCGCCCAACUAACCGCAGAAUGUGCCAUUAUCACCCUAAUCUACUUGGAAAGGCUUCUCACUUAUGCCGAGCUGGACAUUGCACCUUGCAACUGGAAGCGGAUAGUGCUCGGGGCAAUUCUACUUGCCUCCAAGGUGUGGGACGAUCAGGCCGUCUGGAACGUAGACUACUGUCAGAUACUGAAGGACAUCACUGUGGAAGAUAUGAACGAGCUCGAAAGGCAAUUUCUCGAACUGCUUCAGUUCAACAUCAAUGUACCGUCGUCGGUGUACGCCAAGUACUAUUUCGACCUGCGGACGCUGGCCGAGGCAAACGAACUAUCAUUCCCAACGGAACCCCUGUCGAAAGAGCGGGCCCAGAAGCUCGAGGCCAUGUCCCGGGUAAUGCAAGACAAGGCCACCGCCGAAGCACUCAAGAAUGGCAUGAAAAAGUGGUCCUCCAUCGAUAACAUCCAUCAGCAGGGUAACGUGCGGCGGAGUGUCGCCAUUCUGUCGUGAUUCCUCAAACCUCCAACGGCAGAGGGCGUGUGGUGUUUGCGUGUUUUCUGUACUGUUCAUUGUAUGCCAACUCUAGGGAUCGUAAGGUGUCAUUAGUUAGCGCGUCGUACUGUCGCGUCGGAUAUUUCCGUGAUGUGCAACAAACCAGCAACGGCAACAACAACAACCACAAAAAAUAUGGCAAAUGUUGUGUGCGAGGCGAACCGGAUGCGUGUGAUCAGAUUUUACAUGUAUUUUGUAUGUAUUUUUAUGAAAGACAAAGAAUACCCAGAAUUGUAAUCUAAGCGGAAAGUAUUGAAGCAAACUAUUUUGUACUGUUUGAUACACUAGUUUUGAACAGGUGGGUGAAAAACGAAGGGGUGUGAUAGUGAUCUGGUAGCUUCACUUACGCUUGUCCUGAAGAGUCGAGUAUCCGAGAAACCCAUUCAUGGAAAAUAUUUUUUAAAUUUAACUCGUUUUGUGACCUUGCGUACUUAUUAAUUUGUUUGUGAUGCAACAGAACAAUUGAGAAUAAAAACUUGAAAGCAUUUUGCGUUUUUUUUCGAAAUACUUUUUGAAUUGAGCUGGUAGUGUGUAGAAGCCACCACGUGGUCGACUACGAAUUUUCAGCGCAACAAGACUAGGGAAUUGUUAAUGCGUUAUCUAUGGAAACAACUAACUACAACUAACAUGAAACUAUUACCGAGUGGUAAGCAUUUAAAAACUCGAAGUCGACCACGUGGUGGCUUGAAGUCGGUCAUUUAUGGCUUCGACGCACUUCCACCUUAAACUUCAUUAAAACUGCAAACGGCUCACAUGGGAUAAGCGAUAAACGGAAGUUGCUGCACUGGCGCUGGAAUAGUAUCAGUAUAAAAGUAUCUGUGUCAAUUUCUUCGAUGAGUAGAAGCACAAGACUGUGCAAUCGAUGUGAUGGAAGAAUCUUUUUUAUCAUUGAAUAUUAACACUAUUAAAACGCAUUAACAUUUACCGAGUAAUUGUCACGAUUCAUACAUCAUUCAACGCUCAUAGGCGAGUGGGUUUGACCUAACGAGAAGCAAUUCUUGAGACUAUUGAUUGGAUGUCAUCACACCAGUGAGUGUAAUUUUUUAACUAGUCACUUUUCUAGGGAUAAUUGAGAGCGUUUUUUUUUUCAAAAAUGUUUAAACUUGAACCUUUUCCGCUUGGAGAAUAGCCAAAAAAAACAGGUCAUUUUAUACCUUAUCCCAUUAUGCGUUCCGCAAUUUCAUUCUUUUGUUUAUUUUCCAAUUUCAUAUUCUCGCUAGGUUAAACCUGACUCACUUUGCGAAAUACAUAGCGCAUAAAAAUCGAAUACGUUCUGCCAGUUCGAGUCGCUUCAUGGUACCAUUUGCGCAAAUCUAGAAUAUACUUGAAAAAAAAAGCAAACGCGAUAUAUAGGAAGCAGCGAGAGCAUAACAGUAAAAUCGAAUAGACUAGGCAUAGGAUCCUAACACAGAGUAACAAACAAAUAACAAAGCAAAAACAAAUAAGCAGCACAGCAAUAGAGAGUGCAUCCGUUGAAUCGAAAGCUAACAAAAGCAAACAGAAACCCGAAAGUAAUUUUAAUGCCGUCACUUUAGAUAACAUAGCAAGAGGAUUAACUACGCUGAGAAAGGCGAAACAAAAAUCUGAUUACAAUAGACUUAUUCUUAGGCACGUAGGAAGUAAACGAAAAAGGUAGAUUUAGAAGGAAGCUAGUGCAUUUCCGAGCGUGCAGAAGAACGGCACUUAAAAAAGUGAAGGUGAAAAGUAGAAAUUGGAAUUUUAUGCGAGGUAAACGUGAUUGGUGUCCGGAUGUACGGAACGAUUACGCAAACGAAGAAAAAAGAGCAGUGAUUAACGCUCCCUGAGAACAGGAACGAAAAUAGAAAGGAUGAUUUCGCGACUGGAAGCUUCCAGUUGGUUAUGCUGGUUUUAAAAUAUUUUCUACAAAAGAGAAUAAAACGUGAAGGAACCUAAAUACUAGAAAAAGCAUGAACUCUAAUCAGUAGUGGUAGGCCCGGUAGGAAAAUAAGCCAAUAACAACCAUUAAUGUCCUGUCGUCAACGCAAACCAUUGCUGCAAAAUGGAAGCAAGACAAGAGCAAAGAAAAAUUAAAAACCAGAUUGAGCAGAAAUUAACUUAUAGUUUUGUGAUAUCAAAAUGAUUGAUCAGAGACUAUUGCAAGAGUAUCGUACCAAUUUAUAUGUAACUUAAGCUAUUGCUAGAAGAUACAGCAUAUAUGGAAAUAAAAACUUGUGAAAUCA